AUGGCCAAGCUUGCUAAAUCCCUUUCCCCAACUCCGACAGGCUGGUCCGGCUCCGAUCCAUGCAAAUGGACCAGCGUUUCCUGCGACUCCUCCGGCAGAAUCUCCUCCAUUAGCCUCGGCGGUAAAUCACUCUCCGGCGAAUUACCAUCGGAAUUCAACCAACUCUCCAAUCUCCGGUCCCUCAGUCUGCAAAGAAACCAGCUCUCGGGGGCAUUACCGUCCCUAUCAAACCUCACGUCCCUCGAACGAGUCUUUCUUGACAACAACAACUUUUCUUCCAUUCCUAAUCCUUUCCUCUUAGGCUUGACGAGUUUACAAAUACUAAGCAUCGGUGAAAACCCUAAUCUUCCUCCAUGGACCAUCCCCAAUUCCCUCUUUGAGUCCACAGCGCUUGUUGCCUUACUCGCCAAGCAAUGUAACAUCGUGGGUACAAUUCCAGACAUAUUUGGGAAAUUCCGUAAUUUGCAGAAUCUUAGCCUUUCGUAUAACAAUCUUACAGGUUCUUUACCGGCAUCGUUUGGCAAGUCCCAGAUUGGGAGUUUAUGGCUUAACAAUCAGUUGAUGGGUCUUUCAGGUAGGCUUGAUGUUCUUGGCACAAUGUCACAGUUGCAACAGGUUUGGCUUCAAUCAAAUCAGUUUUCUGGGCCAAUUCCUGAUCUUUCAAAUUGUACUUCCAUAAAUGAUCUUCAGCUUCGCGAUAAUCAGUUAACGGGUGUGGUUCCUGAUUCUAUGAUUUCGCUUCCUAUGCUUCAUAAUCUGUCUUUACAGAAUAAUAAAUUUCAGGGUCCAAUGCCUAGUUUUCCUAAAAAUGUUCAGGUGACACUUGGAGAAACAAACAGUUUUUGUAAUACAAGUCCAGGCCCUUGUGACCCUCAGGUGACAACAUUACUUGAGGUUGCUGGGGCAUUGGGAUAUCCUAUGACAUUGGCUGAGUCCUGGGAAGGGAAUAAUGCUUGUAAACAAUGGAAUUUUAUUUCAUGUGAUUUGAAGGGAAGUGUGAGUGCUAUUAAUUUUGGGAAGCAGAAUUGGGUUGGUACAAUAUCGCCCGCCAUUGCUAACUUGACUGCAUUGAAGAAUUUGCUUUUGAAUGAUAACAAACUCACCGGUUCCAUACCGGAUAGUCUGACUAGUUUAGCACAACUACAGCUUCUUGAUGUCUCCAACAACAAUCUUUCAGGAAAAAUACCACCUUUUGCUUCAUAUGUGAUGCUUAAAACAUCUGGCAAUCCAUUACUUGGCACAGAUUUGCCCUCUGUUCCGAAUAAUACUUCUCCUGGUGGAAGUUCAUCCACUGGGACAAAUAGUCCAUCGGGUGGAGCAACUACAACUGAGUCUUCUAUCUCUCCAUGGGGGAUUGUUGGUACCAUAGUUAUAGCUGUGAUCUUAAUUGUUGCUCUGUUUUUGGUAAUAUAUAAAUGCUACAUGAAGAAGCGCAGUGGGAGAUUUAAGUGGGUUAGUGGCAGUCAAAGUUGGAAAGAAAAGGAGAAGAAAGAUGCCGGGGCUAAAGUGACUAGCUAUGACGCCCUUGCAAGUGAAUCAUCAGGUCAAAGUAGAGAUCCAAACAGUGAUAUUCACGUCUAUGAUGGUGGGAAUGUUGCUAUUCCAAUAGAAGUUUUGAGAGAAGUGACAAAUAACUUCAGUGAAGAUAACAUCUUGGGUAAGGGUGGAUUUGGCGUCGUCUACAGAGGACAACUCCACGAUGGGACAGAAAUAGCCGUGAAGAGGAUGGAAUCGACUUCGAUGAAUAACAAAGGGCUGAAUGAGUUCAAGGCUGAAAUCGAGGUUCUCACAAAGGUUAGACACAGAAAUUUAGUCGCGCUUCAUGGUUUUUGUGUCGAUGGAAAUGAAAGGCUUGUGGUCUAUGAGUAUAUGCCCCAGGGGACACUGGGGCAGCAUUUGUACCAUUUUGAUGAAAUGGGGUUUCAUCCACUUACUUGGAAGGAAAGAGUCACCAUAGCACUGGAUGUUGCCAGAGGGGUUGAAUAUCUACACAGCUUAGCACAGCAGAGUUUCAUCCACAGAGAUUUGAAACCGAAUAACAUACUCCUGGGAGACAAUUUGAGGGCUAAGGUCUCUGAUUUUGGUUUGGUUAAGAAUGCACCUGAAGGGCAAUACUCAGUGGAGACUCGUUUAGCUGGGACUUUUGGAUAUCUUGCUCCAGAGUAUGCUGCUACUGGAAGAGUGACCACAAAAAUUGAUGUCUUCUCAUAUGGGGUGGUAUUGAUGGAGAUGAUUACGGGUAGAGGAGCACUGGAUGAGACAUUUCCAGAGGAUAGAAUUCAUUUGGUUCCAUGGUUCCGAAGAAUCCUUGUUAACAGAGACAACAUCAGACAGUCCAUAGAUCCAUCCCUGGACCCAGACACAGAAACCUUAGAGAGCAUCUUCAAAGUAUCAGAACUAGCAAGACACUGCACUGCUAGGGAGCCAUCUCAGAGGCCGGAUAUGGGCCACGCGGUUAAUGUCUUGUCCCCACUUGUGGAGCAAUGGAAACCCACCAGCGAUGAGGAAGAAGAUGGCUUUGGUAUUAACCUUCGGAUGAGCCUCCCUCAAGCCCUGCAGAGAUGGCAAGCCAGUGAAGGUUCCACGAUGAAUGAUCUGAAUACUUACAGUGAUGCAUCGACGACAUGCGACACAGCAGCCUUCUGGGGUUGA